ACUGUUCCUUCCUCAAAACGUUUUACGUUUCUGUCUUGUAGCUGAGAAUCAACGUCGUGGCCCUGAGAUGAGUGCUCCAGAGCCUGCAGAGGCUUUAGUCAGAUUGCUCAGUACCAGAGACAGCCCGCCGAAGGACGACAUGGGUAAAAAGUUCCAAAGAAAACGUCUCAGAAUCUUCUCCCCCAUGUCUUCUAGGCUUUGCUGCUCCUAUGUAGCAAACAUCCUCCUCUUUGGAGCUGUGAUUGCACUUUCUCUUGUUUUGUUAUUUUCAGAAAGAAGGCCAGAACCAGUAUCAAUCAAAAAUGCCAAUGGUGCAUGCCCAAGAAACUGGAUUGGAUUUGGGAAUAAAUGUUUUUAUUUUUCUGAAGACACAAGUAACUGGACUUUCAGUCAGAACUUCUGCAUGGAACUAAAGGCCCAGCUAGCUCAAUUUGACAACAUGGAGGAGCUGAAUUUCCUGAAGAGAUACAUAGGGACCUUUGACUACUGGAUUGGCCUGCACAGACAGUCACAAAAGCACACUUGGAGGUGGAUGAACAACACGGAAUAUAACAGCGCGUAUGUUUUCAAACCAUUUUCCUUCUACCAUGAUCGUUUGUUGUGAAGAGUGUAGUUGUGUCUAGAGGAGUAGCUGUGUCAGUUGAAGCCAACUGUACUGCCUUGGAGGUAUAUUGGCCAUCAUUAUUAAAACCUUUAUUUAGUGUGAUUUUCCUCAAAAUCUUUUUUAAAAAACAUUUAUUUAUUUAUUUAUUAUGUAUACAAUAUUCUGUCUGUGUGUAUGCCUGUAGGCCAGAAGAGGGCACCAGACCCCAUUACAGAUGGUUGUGAGCCACCAUGUGGUUGCUGGGAAUUGAACUCAGGACCUUUGGAAGAGCAGGCAAUGCUCUUAAUCUCUGAGCCAUCUCUCCAGCCCUUUUUCUUCAAAAUCUUUAGCAUGAUGGUGGCAUCUGAGAUAGCUAUUGUCUGCUCCUUCACCAAUUUAAUUUUUUGGGGGCGGUGGGGUGGGGCGGGUGUUGAUAAAUGCCCUGUGUGGAAUGUAGACAGAACCUCAGAAGUGCAAUGAGGGCUCUGAAACUUCAGGAAGCCACUGCAGAAGGUCAACCUUGAGACCCAUGAGUCCAGUGUGUGUACAGCUGUACCCACUCACAGAAGAAGAGACUCCAAGAAAAUUGGAAACCUUCUCUAAAGUCUUGUAAUCUGAGUGUACCUAAGACAGUUCUUGGAUAUGAGCAUAGCUGUCUUGAAUGGAGUCAUUAAAACAGAAUGGUAGAUCACAGACCAAGUAUUGUCCAUCGUUAAAGCCCAUUCCAAUUUACCAAAAAGUGGGCUUCCCUAUAUGUGAAAUGUUUCAAAACAAAAUUGAAAAUCACCCUGAGUGAUGCUACCUAUGUCUGAAUAGGGUAGCAAGCACCAGUUCAAUGUUUUUGAAGGGAUGAAUGUCAAAGGUUCUGUGUUCAAGUCAAACCUUGA